AUGGGUGAGGUGACAGCAGAGGAGGUGGAGAAGUUCCUGGACUCGAAUGUCAGCUUUGCCAAGCAGUACUACAACCUCCGCUACCGGGCCAAGGUCAUCUCGGACAUGCUGGGGGCCAAGGAGGCCGCGGUGGACUUCAGCAACUACCACUCGCUGAACAGCGUGGAGGAGAGUGAAAUCAUCUUUGACCUCCUGCGGGACUUCCAGGAGAAUCUGCAGACCGAGAAAUGCAUCUUCAACGUCAUGAAGAAGCUGUGCUUCCUUCUGCAGGCAGACCGCAUGAGCCUGUUCAUGUACAGGGUCCGAAACGGCAUCGGGGAGCUGGCCACGCGGCUCUUCAAUGUUCACAAGGAUGCUGUCCUUGACGAAUGCCUCGUGGUGCCCGACUCGGAGAUCGUGUUCCCCCUGGAUAUGGGUGUGGUUGGUCACGUCGCACACUCUAAAAAGCUCGCCAACGUCCUCAACACAGAAGAGGAUGAGCAUUUCUGUGACUUCGUGGACAUCCUCACAGAAUACCAGACCAAGAACAUCUUGGCUUCCCCCAUAAUGAAUGGGAAGGACGUGGUGGCCGUACUCAUGGCUGUGAAUAAACUGAAUGAGCCCCACUUCACCAAGAGAGAUGAAGAGAUUCUUCUCAAGUACCUCAAUUUCGCAAAUCUCAUCAUGAAGGUGUACCACCUGAGUUACCUGCACAACUGUGAGACUCGGCGUGGCCAGAUACUGCUGUGGUCUGGGAGCAAAGUCUUUGAAGAGCUCACGGAUAUCGAGCGGCAGUUCCACAAAGCCCUGUACACAGUCCGAGCCUUCCUCAACUGCGACAGAUAUUCUGUGGGGCUCUUAGACAUGACCAAGCAGAAGGAAUUUUUUGACGUGUGGCCAGUCCUGAUGGGUGAGGCUCCACCCUAUUCUGGUCCCAGGACUCCAGAUGGAAGGGAAAUCAACUUUUACAAGGUCAUUGACUACAUCCUGCAUGGCAAAGAAGACAUCAAAGUAAUCCCGAACCCACCUCCUGAUCAUUGGGCUUUAGUAAGUGGUCUCCCCACUUAUGUUGCCCAGAAUGGCCUGAUUUGCAACAUCAUGAAUGCGCCUGCGGAGGACUUUUUCGAAUUCCAGAAAGAGCCUCUGGAUGAGUCCGGAUGGAUGAUCAAGAAUGUCCUUUCUAUGCCAAUUGUGAACAAGAAGGAAGAGAUUGUUGGGGUGGCCACGUUUUACAACCGCAAAGAUGGGAAACCCUUUGAUGAGAUGGACGAGACCCUCAUGGAGUCUUUGGCUCAGUUCCUGGGCUGGUCCGUCUUAAAUCCCGACACCUAUGAGUCAAUGAACAAACUUGAAAACAGGAAGGACAUUUUCCAGGACAUGGUAAAAUACCACGUGAAGUGUGACAACGAAGAGAUCCAGACAAUCCUGAAAACCAGAGAGGUGUACGGGAAGGAGCCAUGGGAAUGUGAGGAAGAGGAACUCGCUGAGAUCCUGCAAGGAGAGCUGCCAGAUGCGGAGAAAUAUGAAAUUAAUAAAUUCCACUUCAGCGACUUGCCCCUGACAGAGCUGGAGCUAGUGAAAUGUGGGAUACAGAUGUACUAUGAGCUCAAAGUGGUAGAUAAAUUUCACAUUCCUCAGGAGGCGCUGGUGCGAUUCAUGUACUCGCUGAGUAAGGGCUACCGCAGGAUCACCUACCACAACUGGCGGCACGGCUUCAACGUGGGGCAGACCAUGUUCUCCUUGCUGGUGACGGGAAAGCUGAAGCGGUACUUCACGGACCUAGAGGCCUUGGCUAUGGUCACCGCUGCCUUCUGCCAUGACAUUGACCACAGAGGCACCAACAACCUCUACCAGAUGAAAUCCCAGAAUCCAUUGGCCAAGCUCCAUGGGUCCUCCAUCUUGGAAAGACACCACUUGGAGUUUGGCAAAACGUUGCUGAGAGAUGAGAGCCUGAAUAUCUUUCAAAACCUCAAUCGCAGGCAGCACGAGCAUGCAAUCCACAUGAUGGACAUUGCAAUCAUCGCCACAGACCUUGCCCUGUAUUUCAAGAAGAGGACAAUGUUCCAAAAGAUCGUGGAUCAGUCUAAGACAUAUGAAACUGAACAGGAGUGGACACAGUACAUGAUGCUGGAGCAGACCCGGAAGGAAAUUGUUAUGGCCAUGAUGAUGACCGCCUGCGAUCUCUCAGCCAUCACCAAGCCCUGGGAGGUACAGAGUAAGGUAGCUCUGCUGGUUGCUGCCGAAUUCUGGGAACAAGGUGACCUGGAGCGCACAGUGCUGCAGCAGAACCCCAUCCCCAUGAUGGACAGAAACAAGGCGGAUGAACUCCCCAAGCUUCAGGUCGGCUUCAUUGACUUUGUCUGCACCUUUGUCUACAAGGAAUUCUCCCGUUUCCAUGAGGAGAUCACUCCCAUGCUGGAUGGGAUCACCAACAACCGCAAGGAGUGGAAGGCGCUCGCGGAUGAGUACGAUGCCAAGAUGAAGGCGUUGGAGGAGGAGAAGCAGAAGCAGCAGGCAGGCACGCAAGCGGCGGCGGGAAAUCAGCCCGGGGGCAACCCCGGUCCAGCAGGGGGCGCACCAGCAUCCAAGUCCUGCUGCAUCCAGUAGCCCAGCCGGGCAUCAGCUGACCAGAAUGGUCCCACCCUCGUGGAAGGAGAUUCCCCCAAGCCGGCGGAAACCCAAAAACCUUCUUGAGAAGUAAAAGAGUCCUAGGACUUGAAAGCGGAACGAGAAUUUAGCUUACAUCCUAUCUAGUGGUUUUUCUUUCCAUCAUUUUUUCAGUUUUGAGUACUUUUCUCUUGCGCGAAAACCAAUCACCCAU